UUCAACAUUUUUCUUGAUGCUCUUGCAUGAAUUAGUCAGCCGUUUUAAAAAAGAUGGAAAAGGGAUAAGAAAGAGGUGGUACUCUAAAGUCUCUGUGGUUGGCUUUGUUUUGCUAACAAGUACCUGAUUUCCUUCUCCUAGCGUGAUUUUCAUCAUGGCCUUUUCCAAAGCGUUUGAACUGGGAUUAGUGGCUGGUGAGAGACGUUUUGUUCUUUUGAUCACUAAAUGUUCAUGUGGCCUGAAAUAUAGGCUCCAUGUGCUGAUUUUUGUCUUUAAAGGGUUGGGCCACCAGGAACUUGCAAGAUCCCCACAGGGAGAUGCUGACAUUCGGUCCCAGGAAGAGCCUGUGGUUCGUCAUCAGCCUUUCCAGUUUGUGCCAUUCAUGGGCAUCCAGGACAGUAAAGAGCUAAACAAGACCUGCUGUCUGAAUGGGGGAACUUGCAUGCUGGGGUCCUUUUGCGCCUGCCCUCCCUACUUCUACGGACGGAACUGUGAGCACGAUGUUCGCAAAGAGAACUGUGGGUCUGUGCCCCAUGACACCUGGCUGCCCAGGAAGUGUUCCAUGUGUAAAUGCUGGCACGGCUGGCUUCGCUGCUUUCCUCAGACCUUUCUGCCUGGCUGUGAUGGCCGCGUGAUGGAUGAGCACCUAGAAGCUUCCAGGACUCCAGAAUUACUACCAUCUGUAUGCACCACUCUUAUGCUAGCCAGCCUCUGCCUUUCCACACUGUUGUAUUAAUCAACUUUUGCCUUUUCUGGAAUUACAAGUUUAGAUGUCAGGGAAAAAUUUCAUGGUCAGUAAGGGCUGCCACUCUAAUGUCGUAACUGAAAGAUGAUCAUUUGUCAGUUGCCUUUAAAUAAUGAAUUCAUUUGGAUAAUGGUCCCUAACACUUAAUGUGCCCACUACUUCUUUCCUCUGCCUCCACCUCCCUCCCCAAAAGCUUACUUUUUUAAAAAAAUCAACCAUAUCUACUCUGUGCCCAAGUCCUAUUUCUUGAUACAUACUAGCUCUACAAAGGGGUUCAUAUCAAUGUUUUCCUUUAAACAUAUGAAUUCUGUAUUCAGAUUAUUAAAGGCUAAUUAUAAUAUGGAACUGAGGAUAAAAUAUUUAACAGAGUUGGUCAAAAUCAGUAAAGUGUCUUAAAAGCAAAGGAAAGAAAACAUCUACAAUGAAAAGAGGAGACAGGAAUGCCAGAGUAACGGGAAUAUGUGUGUACCAGGGAGACUGAGUAGAAAAGAGGAAGUAAAUGGGAGAGAAAGAGCAGAAAAAAUAAAAUAGAUUACUUGAUUGAUGGUGAGGUAGGUGUAGUGAAGCAAGUUAAAAAGCUAAAUUGAAGGGCAAGUUUCCUUCAUCUAUAGAAAGACUAGCUAUGUAAGACAAUGCUUUUUUCUCAAGGCAUUGUAAGAAGAAUGAAGUCUUGGAAGAAAAUUAUUAUCUAAAUUUCCCCAACAAGAUUGGCUCAUUUGUGUCUUCUCCUUAGUAUGCAAGUAUUUUAACUGUUGUAGAAGACAAGGGAAAAUGUUCACAAUAAACCAGGUGAUAAAACCAUACAUAUUAUAAAGCCCAUCUUUAAAAUACAUUGUGUAUGUGUAUAGGGUCGCUAUGAGUUGGA